AUGGGGAGCGAGCGUUACGGUACCGUGCCACCUGACGAACGGGUUCUCAAAGGUACGGGAAAUGAUCAGUAUUAUCGGAAGAGUUCCCUUAUUGACUAUGACAUGCCCCUGAUUAACUGCAGAGAAAUCACUCGGGCACAGGAUGACUGGGAUGUGGAAGAAUUCAUCUCAAAAACCUGCAUGUCCAGGUUCCUGCAUCAUUCCUCUUUCAAGAUUUUGAUAGCAUGUGUCAUAAUUGGCAACGCCAUCAUCAUUGCUCUCCGAACGGAGCCAACACUUGAAAAUAAUUACUUUGGCUUAUUCAAUACCGUUGACACAAUUGUUCUGUCUUUUCUGCUCUGUGAGGUCCUGCUCAACUGGUACUAUGGAUUCAAUUUGUACUGGAAGGAUGGCUGGAAUAUCAUCAAUUUUUGUAUUGUGACGUACCUAUGCCUUGGCUUGUUGAUUCCUGCAUUGGAGAAUCAGACUCUUUUUCGAAUGGUCAGAGUCAUGAGGCUGAUUCAAGUGUGUAGCUUGGUUAGUGGCUUGGCCAGGAUGAUACAGGUGAUCCUGAAGUCAAUUCCUGACAUGGCAAAUAUCAUGAUCCUACUUUUUGCCAUCAUGCUGGUCUUCUCUGUGUUUGGAGUGACUCUCUUUGGCGCCCUUGUUCCAAAGCAUUUUGGGAACCUGGGAACGGCUCUUUAUUCUCUUUUCAUCUGCGUCACCCAGGAUGGAUGGAUUAGUAUUUAUAAUGACUUUGAAAAGGAAGGCUUGGCCUUGGAGAUAGGUGGGGCCCUCUACUUCUUUAUCUUCAUCACCUUUGGGGCUUUCAUCUUUGCAAAUCUGCUGGUGGCUGUGGUGACAACCAACUUGGAACAGUCAAUGCAUGCUUAUCAAGAGAAACAGCAGCUGAAAACUUUCUCUACCCUCGGAACCUUCGCUGCCUUUGAAGAUGGCGGCGAUGAUGACUACACCACAUCCGCUUCAGAAGCGGUGCAUGUAAAAGAAGUACUUCAGUCAACCCCCAUGGUCCAUCACCAGGAGUUGCUCAGCCUUGGCAAUUUGGGCAAUUUGACUGAGACGACUUGUGAAGAUCUCUGCCUGGUCCUGGAAGCGAUCCACGAGAACCUAAAGGAAUAUCAGAUAAUCAGGGAUGAACUGGACCACAUAGUCCAGGAGGUGAGGUCCCUCAAAUUCAAUCUCGAUCACGAGCAGGAGAUUGUUCUACGACACAUCCGUGGGGCAAACAUGUCCGAAACAAUGAUCGCCAACAAUACCAUUUAUGCCAAGACGGGUGAUGUUCUCUCUACGCUGAUGAACCUGGAGAAGGUAUGGUUUCAACCCUGGGUCUUGAAUGACAAUGAAGGCUUGGCCUUGGAGAUAGGUGGGGCCCUCUACUUCUUUAUCUUCAUCACCUUUGGGGCCUUCAUCUUUGCAAAUCUGCUGGUGGCUGUGGUGACAACCAACUUGGAACAGUCAAUGCAUGCUUAUCAAGAGAAACAGCAGCUGAAAACUUUCUCUACCCUCGGAACCUUUGCUGCCUUUGAAGAUGGCGGCGAUGAUGACUACACCACAUCCGCUUCAGAAGCGGUGCAUGUAAAAGAAGUACUUCAGUCAACCCCCAUGGUCCAUCACCAGGAGUUGCUCAGCCUUGGCAAUUUGGGCAAUUUGACUGAGACGACUUGUGAAGAUCUCUGCCUGGUCCUGGAAGCGAUCCACGAGAACCUAAAGGAAUAUCAGAUAAUCAGGGAUGAACUGGACCACAUAGUCCAGGAGGUGAGGUCCCUCAAAUUCAAUCUCGAUCACGAGCAGGAGAUUGUUCUACGACACAUCCGUGGGGCAAACAUGUCCGAAACAAUGAUCGCCAACAAUACCAUUUAUGCCAAGACGGGUGAUGUUCUCUCUACGCUGAUGAACCUGGAGAAGUCGCAUUUAAUUGACGGAGAGUACCAAAAAGGAGAGGUAAAAUCAGCAGCCAUGAGAGCCUUACGACAGUCCGCACUGGACGAAUCUGACUCAUCAGGCCGCCGACAAACUUUGCCAGCAAAAUUUGAGAAGCAACCAAAGAGCUCGCUACCAGGAUUCCAACCAGACAAGUUUCUGACUCGUCGAACAACUUUGCCUGCAGGAAUUAUUCACCGAGAUUCCUCAUUGCAGUCAGACUUGACUGAAAGCACUUCGGAUGCUGGCAAAAACAAUGGAACGAGACUGCUUCCUUCCUCUCUAGAUUCUACAGAUCAAAGCCAGAAGUAUCCAGACAGCACGUCUGGAAGUAGCGAAGACAAGAGUCACUACAGGAAGAAUUACUAGCAAGCAAUCCACACCAGAAGCACUGAGUGACCCAGGGUCCUGGAAAAACUGGAGUUCGAGAAGAGAUACAUCUUCAACGAAGACCUCAAUUUAUUGUAUUAUUUCAGUUUCAUUUAAUUGCUUUGCUCUGAUUUAUCUGAACUAAGUUGCAAACUGCCUUAACAGCUAAAGAUUCAUUGAUUAU